AUGGCCGAGCCCACAGGAAAGAGGUUAAAGAGCAGCCUGCCGCUGUGCACAGCACACCGGAGCUCCAGCUGGGCCAAGCACAACCUGCCGGCCGCCGUAGAGGAGGCUCUGUGCGGGGUGAGCAGCCUGCUGUGGGACGGAGCGUAUCGGCUACAGGCUCUGGCAAGUGUGUUUGAACAGGAUGAUGUCACUCUGCCCCGUGUUGCUUCCUUCUUCCGCCAGGAGACACUGAAGCAGCAGGACGAGGCCGAGGCCAUGCUGGGCUACCUGGCUGAGAGAGGGGGCAACCUCUGUGGCAAGGACAUCCAGAGGCCAAGCUGUGAGGCAGUCUGUGCGGUGUUACCUACUCUCGAGCUGCUGCUGCUCCAGCUGAAGGAAGAGGUCAGUGUCAUGGUCAAGCUCAGCCAGAUGGCUUGUGAUCAUGGAGACCCCAGCACUACACACAUUGUGAAGAGCCACUUCCUGGUGCCCCGAGUGGACCGUCUCAAACUGGUGGGCGAUCUGCUCACUGGCGCCCGCCCAGUGGGCUGUACCAACGACCAGAAGGGGGGGUUGGGGGAGUACAUCCUGAAUGAGCUCCAAGAAGAGCUCACCAGAUGAUCCACCGGGCUCAAAGGGAAGUCUUGGAAUGAGUCUUGUAUAUGAGAUAGGACAGUUUUUAAUAUUGUACUUGAUCAGUUUCGAUUCCUGCAGCUGUAGAUAUAUUUUGGUUGAUAGCAAAGACAUGUUUGUCAAUAACAUGUACAGAAUUGUUUAAAUGAGUUUGAAAUCCUUUUUAGAAACUUAUACAUGAAACCACUUAUAAAGUGACAAGUACAUAUAUUUCCACUAAUAUCGUACUACUUUACUUCAUUGUAGACUUGUAUAUUACAAGUGUAAUUUUAUUUGUAUCAUUUUACCCAAAUAUUUAG